AUGGUCGCUUGUGAGGCAUACCACGACCCCAGUGUAACCAUAUCUAUCAUACACAGCACCCUUUCUGUGGCCAAAGCGCAAGAGACUAUGCAAAACAUGGCUGUGAUCGCGUGUGAGGAUCUCACAGAGGAGCUAGCAAAGGACGUUAACGGUGAGGUGGGAGACUGA